AUGUUUUUCCGAGUUCCCAGUUGUUUUGAACGUAGGAACUGUAAUCGGUGUCUGACGUAUGAUGCACGCCCACCAUUCCAACGCUUCCUGACAAAGAUGGCGGCGACCUUGUGCGGCAGGCUUUUACCAAAACAGGGAUGGCUUCCCCUGACACAGAGUGUCCGGCAUGGCUCUAAGGCAGUCACACGUCACAGGAAGCCCAUGCACAUCCUCAAACAGAAGCUGAUGGCUAUCACAGAAUACAUUCCACCCAAACCUGCAGCUCCCCCCGGGGCUCUAACCCCCCGUGUCAAACCAGUUCAGGAGGAAAGUGGCCUGGUGUUGCUCUUGAAGAAGGAUUUGCAGACCAUGUUCCAGGACUGUAAGAUGAUCGCUGUGAUCCAAAACAACGCCACCAAUUCAGAGGAUAUGCUGCUUCUCAAGCACAGGCUCCACAAGCAUGGCAUCAAAAUCAAGUUUAUCCCCAACCAGGUGAUGAGGUCCUACCUGGCAGACAGCCCUUACAUUAACAUGGGGCCUCUAUUCAUCGGCCAGACAGUUCUAUUUGUUAGUAAAGAGCCAAAGGUGAAGGAAAUGCUUUUGAGUUUGAGGACCAGCCCCCAGAUGGUAUUAUUGGGGGCCUGUAUAGAGAAGAUAUUGCUGAGUCGGCAGGGGGUGUUGAACUAUGCCAAGCUGCCGUCAGUGACCGUGGUCCAGGGAGAGCUGGUGAGUGGCCUGACCAUGCUGACCUCGCAGACAGCCUCAAUGUUGCAGCGCCACCCCGCCCACCUCUCAUUGAUACUCCAGCAGUACCUCAAACAGCAGGCUCCCGCAGGCAGUACCAACGGGACCCCAGGGGAGAGCCCCCCCAAUGCAGAGGAGACUGCUUAGGUCUAGACGAUUCACGCCGGCGGGGGAGGGGAAGGAUGUCGGCAGCACUAUGGCUACUGGGAGGUCAUGUCUGCAGAUUUAAGGUCUGCCUCUGACCUGGAGGUCAUACAAUGUACAGUACAACAUGAACCGCUACAACACCUCUUGAGAGCAACUCUUGGAGAAAACAUGUUUUUGUUCCUUUUGUUCAUUAUUUUGAUUACUACUCAUGUUCUGUUCUAAGGCCUCUUUGACCAUAUCAAAAAUAAAUGAUGUUUAAAAUAUUGUAUUAGCCAA